UUGCAAUACAAAUCCAGCACAAAGAUGCUCCUGUCGCUGUCGACGCGGAAUGGAGCCGCACCUGCAUCUCGGGGGCAGUCGACGUCGCCAUCAGCACCACCACCACCGUCAGCAUCAGCGUCAGCAUCAUCAUCGUCGUCGUCGUCGGCAGGGUCAACUCCUGGAGCAGCAUUGACGAGCAGCAAUGGGAAACCAGCCACUCCAGCAAGCACUGAAACGAGAAGCCGAAUCGCACUGCCCGCCACUGCAGUCGAGCUCGGGAACAUUCGGCUAUUGCUUGUCAAGACUGAAAGUGCUCAACAAGCGUUCGCCACGUCCACGGCGCAGACAGCUCAAGCGCACUCUGCCUUGCGCGCUGGUCAACAAGAGCAAACCCCAGAAUUUUGGAACCAGCUCCAGCAGCUGUACGCCACCAACGUUGCCAAGUCUGCCGCUCAACUCCAGACACUGCGGGAUGUUCAAUCGCGACUUCGAGCAGUCAUUGAUGUCAAACGCAACCGCAUUCGAGAAACGCAACUUGCAGCCCUGCACUCGGCCGACGUGGGGAAACGCACCAAGCGGCGAUCGUCCGUCAUUAACUCUAUUGUUGGCUACUUGCCAACCUGGAGAGGUAGCAGCUCUGUACUCCCGCCGCGAGUCGGCUGUGUUGCCCCGGACAUUGCAUAUCGUGUUCCUAAUGGAGAACAGGUUGCGGCGUACAAUGCAGCAGUCGAAGAACCAGACGAUCGCUGGAUUCUCGCCACUGUCGUCAACUCGGAUAGCCAGCAGUAUGAAGUAGAAGACAUUGUUGAGGAUGUCAACGUCGACACGAGUCAAACUCGGCAUUGGCUCCCGGCAAAAUGCAUUGUCGCCCUUCCUACCUGGCAGCCGGAGCCUCACCGUCACGAAGCAUUCAUAUCGAAAGGCACCCACGUCAUGGCCCUCUAUCCCCAAACAACCUGCUUUUAUCCCGCCGUCGUAUUUUCACCGCCAACCGAAACUCGGAGAGACUAUUUACUGAAUUUUAGCGAUGACGAAGAUGUCGACGGCACCACACCCGAGCGCGAGGUCUCAGUCAAAUUUGUCCUUUCUGCGCGACCUCCACCAGUGUAAAAUUCAUGAACAACGUUGUACUCGGAUGGAGAAAAAAAAAACAAUGUUUUUUUGGUACUUUGGAAGACACGCUUCAGCUGGCCCGGAGCAGAAAAACAAAUCAAACAUAAAACAAACAAAAC